AUGGCGAAGUUCUAUGAUAAUUCUCCAAACAUUCCUGCUAGUUCAGAAGAAAACAAGUCUCAUUUUGAGUACUGCAAGUACUUCAUUUUGGAUCACUGGAAGCUUCUUUUGAUAGGAGGAAUAUCUGUACUUGUUCUCGUUAUUUCUGUUUUCCUCAUCACAUUUUUUGUAGUUCGAGGAAGUUUUCACUGUGAAAAAGACAAUGUAAUGAUAACAACAACUGCACCGAAUUUAAUCACGGAAACUACCACUUUGAAAAUAAAAACAACGGGAAUAGCAAAAACCUCGACUCGAAUUCCUUUCAAAGCAACGUCUACUACACUCAAACCUACUACAACCGCUACUCCUCAAAAUCUUACUUGUACAAAUGAUUUCACGAUGGUGCAAGGAAAAUGUUGGAGAUGGUUUAAUGAGAAUUCGACUCGAGAAUAUGCAGAUCGGAAGUGUAAAUGGUGGAACAAUGGAGCAACUCUUGUUUCGAUAAGAAAUUCUGAAGCUGGAUCAGCUGCUAAUUACAGUAGUUUUGGAGAAGGUAAUAAUAUCGGAGAUGAAAACGAGAAGGCUCCCGAAGUAUCAGCUCGGCACAGUUCUUACAACUGCGCUCCACCGAAAUGCCCUUUGAAAAUGUUUCUUCUUCUCUAA